GAUUUUCAUGAGUGAACCAAAACCAAAUCAUAAACAACAAAACAACAACAAAAUAACAAAAUAGAAGAACGAAAAACGAAAGCAACCUGUUGCCUUCGUUGGCUUCGAUGCCUUCGAUUUAAUUUGGUUGUUUUUGCUCUCGUUGUCUCGUUGAUGAGAGCUGAAAGCGCUAUAUAAAAUCUAAGUGAUGGUGAAAGAUUUUGGCACAUGCCUCUAUGCAACAAAGCUCCACUGAUUGUAUGAGAAGGCCGAACGAUGAACAACCCUUACAAGUCGUUGUCGAACCUGCCUGGGUAUGGCGCAGGCGAAGGACUCUUAAUCAACCGCAUGCGAGACUGUCAGCCCUUUAAAGCCGGCAGUCCUAAUGACCAUGCAAACAUCGAAGCUUUCUUUAGAGCACAAGAUGAUACUCUGACUGAUCUGCCUGAAUUUCCAUGGACGAAAGCCCCGGAUACGCCUGAAGAUGCAAUAUCAACACAGCAUCAUGCUCUGCUUGAGAAGUUAUUUGCCAAUAACAAAUUGCACGAAUCACUUUUUGCAACCUUUGCAUUGGCAACCCCCGAAUUUUUGGAAAAAAAAUUCUACAACUGUGGCCUCCUGAUCCCGGACGAGAAGAAAACCGAAGAGGAUCGGCUCUGUGAUCUCUCCAGAGCAACUCGGCUUGCCUUCCUCAUCAACAACGCAGGGAUCUACUUCUGGGGAAUGCUGGACGAGGCCAUCCAAAGUGGAGACGAAUCAUUGUUGCUGACCUUGAGAUCAUUCAUCACAAACUACUCUGCCAAAAAUGUUGCUGAACACAGGAAGAAAAAUCCUCCAAAAGAACGAAUUGUUAAUGGUGAAUUUCUGUUCAACCGUGGUAUUCUGUGGCAACUCCACUUCAAUCCUGUCUUGCUCAAUCAGUGGCUAUUAGCAGCUCUCCAAAUCACCCAACAAUUUUACUUGCGCUCAUUUAUUAAGUAUCUUCCCAUUCCUGAGCAAGUAGCAUCCGUCACUCAAGAGAUCCAGGUCUUCCUUAGAGAUGUGCUGAAGAGGUUGAGCUAUGGAUUUGCUCUGAUUGGUUACCAAGUAAGGAGGCAUCCGCAGAAAGAUGAGCGAGUGACCAAAUUGAUCAUGGAAGAGGUGGUUGACCCCGUUAUGGCCUCCAUCAGGGUCAUGAGUGAACCCCCCUUUCAGCUCCUUUGCAAAGCCCUGCCUCAUAUCCUCAUUGCUGCUGCAAAAGACGAAAAGAUGUCUCUUGGAAAAAAUGUCUACAUCGAUCCUAGGAACUACUCUUUUGACACUGAAGAAAGCUUUGAAUUCAUUUACUCUUUUCAGUACUGGAUUACUGAGGGAAUAGUCAAACAUUGUUUCGGGGAUGUUAGGACAAAAAUUGAGGAUGUGAAAGCUAAAAUCAACGAGAGCAAGACAUUCCCAUUUCUAGACAAGAUACCAGUUUACAUGAGUAAAUUGGACAAGGCUGCCCACGAGCUCUACAUCAUGAAAGAGUUAGAUCUUGAUGAUCUAAUUGAAGGUGGAGAUGAUGUUGUCUGUGAAGUACAUGAUGUGGAAAGCUUUAACACUUUUCUAAUGAAAGUGUUCUUUAAAACUCAAGAAAUUGACAUCAACCCUGGGAAAAGUCGCAUGGACAGUUGCCUACUGCAUUUGUUGCUACAAGAACAUACAAUCUUGAUUAAGGAUACGUCAAUAAGAGGAUUAGUUAUUGCGGAAAAUCUCCAGAAAAUAGUAGUUUGCAAGGAUUGCAGCCCUGAAGACAUUGAAAAGGCUUUGUCAUUCAUAAAAUGCUACAAGGAAAACACUUUUCGGCAGCAGGCUGAUGAGCAUUUGAAGAAGUGGAAUAGUACAAACCUCAUUGGUCCCAUUGAGUUUUUGGGCACGGUUGACCCUACUGCACCACAAAAAACCAUAGAGGAAAGAUCUAUUCUCCUGGCCGGACAAAUGAUUCAUUUGGACUCAGAAUUUCGUCCAAGAUACCCUGACUGGACCUUCAUCUACUACAUCUUUCCAGCCUUUGUGAUUUGCUUCCGUAAGACAAAAGGAGAAUUUGAGCACAAGUUGUCCAAGUUUUACCUGGAGGAACUGCUUUCCCUCCUCACCAAGGAUUACGAUGCUUGGAGGUCUGGAUCAGGACUUGCAGAAAUGUCCACAAACUGCUACCUGACUGGAGAUCCGAGUUACGUCACCUCCCUCCUAGCUUGGAGGAAAAAGUUCCUAGAUAGAAUUUGCCAUGCAGUGUCCAAAAAGUGCAAAAAUGUCACUGCGCCGAUCGAGAAACUGAAUGAACUGCUUUCUCUCAACGCAGCUAACAACGUUCCCUCUCGAGACCCAGCCAUGACCUACGCGCUCCAUCGAUUUGCCUUUGAUUGGACGCUUCGGGGCAUCAUUUGGACCAACAUGAUGAUUUUUGCCCUGACAGAGGCAAUUUCUAAAUGCGCAACAGAACCAUCAUCAAAUCUCAAAAGUCUGCUUCUAGCCAUUUACUCCAUGAUCGAACUGGUGAGUUUGUUUGAGACUCAAUCUUCUGAGUUCAAUGCUCAGCGUGAUGAUCUGAACCUGAGAUUCCAAACUCUGGAUGACGCCUAUCUGGAGCUUAUGGGAGAAAAUAAAACACUUUCAAAGAGCAAAGGUGCAGCCAAUGCUUGGCAGAGGCUGGGAGUGAUUCUGCACCUGCUUUACGACAUGUGCAAAACUGUAGAGGUCCCGGGUAACUACAAGCCACCCAUCUACUACCCUGAAGACACAAAACUCAUUAUCACCCAUUUUGCUGAAAAGAAACUGGAUAAACUCAAGAUUGCAAUUGCCUCAAUCUGCAUUGAUGUCAACCGUCAAGAUCGGACCUGGACCUCGUUGGAGGUAAUGAAUAAUUCACCCCAGAAGUUGUUCACUCCGUACCUCGAUAGAAUCAAGAAGGGCAAGAUCAGACGCUGGCAUGAAGAUGUGCUGAUUCCUGUCAAACAUUGCCGAUUUUGCGGAAAAGUCAAUGGCAAUCUGGUCAUGUGCAGCGCCUGUCAGGACAAUGAUGACUACCCUGACGUCAACUGGUUCUGCGGAGAGGAGUGCGAGACUAAAGCCUUUCUUAAAACUUCACACAAAGAAGAUCAUGAAGAUUUCAUCAUACAUCAGAUUAGCUUUGAAUGAUUCCUUGAUUGAAUGAUUUAAUUUUCAUUAAAAAAUGCAUACUAAAAUUAAAUAUAAAUUUUUGUGUUUAUUAAGUAUUCUUAUCUAAUCCAUUUAAUUUUUUUUAUGGAAGGAAAAAAUAUGAUAUUAUGAAUUUUCACUUAAUUAUAAAUAUAUUAUGAUAAAGAAUUCCAUUGUGAUUAAAGAAGGUCUGAAAACCAAUAAACAAGUAGGUUACCA